AUGUGCGGGGUGUGGGGGAGCGGUGUGUGCGGGUGUGUGUGCGGUGUGUGCGGUGUGUGCGGGGUGUGUGCGGGGUGUGCGGUGUGUGCGGGGUGUGUGCGGGUGUGUGGGGUGUGUGCGGUGUGUGCGGUGUGUGCGGGUGUGCGGGGUGUGCGGGAGCGGUGUGUGCGGGUGUGUGUGCGGUGUGUGCGGGUGUGUGCGGUGUGUGCGGGUGUGUGCGGGUGUGUGCGGUGUGUGCGGGGUGUGCGAGGUGUGUGGGGUGUGUGCGGGGUGUGUGCGGGGUGUGUGCGGGGUGUGCGGUGUGUGCGGGGUGUGUGGGGUGUGCGGGUGUGUGCGGGGUGUGCGGUGUGUGCGAGGUGUGUGCGGGGUGUGCGGGGUGUGCGGGGUGUGCGGGGUGUGUGCGGGGUGUGUGCAGGGUGUGCGGGGUGUGCGGAGUGUGUGCGGGUGUGUGCGGGGUGUGUGCGGGUGUGUGGGGUGUGUGCGGUGUGUGCGGUGUGUGCGGUGUGUGCGGGUGUGCAGGGUGUGUGCGGGUGUGUGCGGGUGUGUGCGGUGUGUGUGGGGUGUGUGCGGGGUGUGCGGAGUGUGUGCGGGUGUGUGCGGGGUGUGUGCGGGUGUGUGGGGUUUGUGGGGUGUGUGGGGUGUGUGCGGUGUGUGCGGGGUGUGUGCGGGGUGUGUGCGGGGUGUGCGGGUGUGUGCGGGGUGUGUGCGGGGUGUGUGCGGGGUGUGCGGGUGUGUGCGGGGUGUGUGCGGGGUGUGUGUGGGGUGUGUGCGGGGUGUGUGCGGUGUGUGCGGUGUGUGCGGGUGUGCGGUGUGUGCGGGGUGUGUGUGCGGGGUGUGCGGUGUGUGCGGGGUGUGCGGGUGUGUGCGGGGUGUGCGGGGUGUGCGGGGUGUGUGCGGGGUGUGUGCGGGGUGUGUGCGGGGUGUGUGUGCGGUGUGUGCGGGGUGUGUGCGGUGUGUGUGCGGUGUGUGCGGGUGUGUGCGGGUGUGUGCGGUGUGUGCGGUGUGUGCGGUGUGUGCGGGGUGUGCGGGGUGUGUGGGGUGUGUGCGGGGUGUGUGCGGGGUGUGCGGGUGUGUGCGGGGUGUGUGCGGGUGUGUGCGGUGUGUGCGGUGUGUGCGGGUUGUGCGGGGUGUGCGGGGUGUGUGCGGGGUGUGCGGGGUGUGCGGGGUGUGUGCGGGGUGUGUGCGGGGUGUGUGUGCGGGGUGUGCGGGUGUGUGCGGUGUGUGCGGGGUGUGCGGGUGUGUGCGGGGUGUGCGGGGUGUGCGGGUGUGUGCGGGGUGUGCGGGGUGUGUGCGGGGUGUGUGCGGGGUGUGUGUGCGGGGUGUGCGGGUGUGUGCGGUGUGUGCGGGGUGUGCGGGUGUGUGCGGGGUGUGCGGGGUGUGUGCGGGGUGUGCGGGUGUGUGCGGGUGUGUGCGGUGUGUGCGGUGUGUGCGGGUUGUGCGGGUGUGUGCGGGGUGUGCGGGGUGUGCGGGUGUGUGCGGGGUGUGCGGGGUGUGUGCGGGGUGUGUGCGGGGUGUGUGUGCGGGGUGUGCGGGUGUGUGCGGUGUGUGUGGGGUGUGCGGGGUGUGUGUGUGGGGUGUGUGCGGUGUGUGCGGGGUGUGUGCGGGGUGUGUGCGGUGUGUGCGGUGUGUGUGCGGUGUGUGCGGUGUGUGCGGGGUGUGUGCGGUGUGUGCGGUGUGUGCGGGGUGUGUGUGCGGUGUGUGCGGUGUGUGCGGGGUGUGCGGGGUGUGUGCGGUGUGUGCGGGGUGUGUGUGCGGGGUGUGUGGGGUGUGUGUGGGGUGUGCGGGGUGUGCGGGGUGUGUGCGGGGGGUGCGGGGUGUGUGCGCCCCGCGUGUCCGCGCCGCCCCCGGGGCCGAGGGACCCCGCCCGUGCCAGGAGCUGCUGCUGCUCAUCGCUGGUGGUGA